AGACUUGGUAGCUCACUCAACCCACCACCGAGCACAUCGUCCACGCCAAAGCCACUCGUUUGUGACCCUCUAAUCCUAACACCUACCUAGAUAUAACGCUGUUGCGAAUAUUAAUUCUUCGACUUCAAACAAAAUGCAGCUCUCCACCGCCACCUUCCUCCCCGCCCUACUCUCGGCCCUCGCUUCGGCAACCCUCGCGGCACCUCUCUCGAUGGCGGCACCAGCUGCGACGGAAUGGACGAUCCAGUCCCUGUCGCGGACGUGCGACGAAGGCGAUAAGACGUGCCAGUGGGAGUUCGGGAUCAACACCGGCGAGGAUAGAGUCGCCCCGGUGCAUGUCAAGUACAUCGUCGACGCCACCAAGGCGGCGCCCGCGAGCCGCGCCGCCGGUGGGCCUCAGACCUUUGGCAAAUUCACCGUCACCAGCACCUGGAGUGGCCAGUUCGGCGAGGGCUUGGGCUUCACGACGCUUUCGAUCGUCGACUACGCGAAGAAACUAAUCGUGUACCCGGCCUACACCGACGGGCAAUUGGCGAGCGGCGCCGUCGUCACGCCCGACCAAAGCUACCCUGUGUAUCGUCUUCCCUAAGGGGCGACGCGGUGUGAUAUUCCUCUUGUUGUCCACAGAACGGGCGACGGGGGACAAGAUUGGGUGGGGAGGUGCAACGAGUUUCAGCAGGAUACCUAUCUCAUGUAACUUGCCUAAAUGCACGCUCGAGGCAAACGUCGGGGUGCGGGCUUCGUAUCCACAUUCAACAAUAAGGCUGCCCUGACGCGUCUAAUGUCAGCGAAGGGGGCAACGCUCGGGGACUUAUUCUACAGCUUCAAUAUGAACAUCAUGAAGAAGACUGGCAAAAUCUCGUGAUCUGUUCACAUUCCACCAUCGUAGUGCGGUCGACCUGGCCACAGGAGAGGAUCAGUUGGGUUCUCAGUUUAACGGCAUGGAUAUGGAUUGGAUGCGGCAAAAGAAGCGAAAAAAGGAGGGACGGGAAAAUACUGAGCACCUAGGUCUAGGUAGGUAGUUACUCGAUCAGGUGGGUAUUAGACAUCUACCU